ACUUGAUUGCAGAAUUGACAAGGUCCAUUUGUCAUCUUGAGCAAACCUUGCACAACUUUGAGUUGGAUAAUGGCUCUUCCAAUAUUGAACACACUGACGGACGCAAGCUUCUCCAGGUACGCGCCCGAAAAACAAAGAUCGGUGUGCCUUCGCUCUGCAUGGCCUGUGCGCAGGUGGAUUAAAAAUUCCGAUGGACUGAUCCGUUGAUGAGGCUGUUCUGAUUUAGAAAUACAUGAUUCAGACAGGCUUGGCAGAGAUGUUCCCCAAGUCAUCCGAAUUCCUCGGUAUUGAUCCUGUUAUCGCGGGCGGGAGUUUCAUUGAAGCCCAUCUCCGUCAGAUGUCGGGUAUCAAUCAAUUGGUGUCUAUGGCACUGCAACUCCAAAAUGACUUGAGGUUAACAAAUCAUAAAUUCAUUGCACAUCAGGUCGCACUACUUUAUCAAUGUAUUAACCAAGCAGGCCCAUCAUAUUCUAAAUACAGAGGACGUGUUGAGGAGCAUUUUACGAAUAUCAAGGAUGUUUGCAAUUUGUCAGAGGAACCAUUUCUUCCUGCGGAGCUGCAGACAUGGUACAGCCUAAUAUCUAACUUUCUAACUUGUCUGAGAAGUUACUUUAUUUUAUUCGUUCAAAAAUUGAUGUCUACCUUUUAAAUAUUUAGGUUGUCUGAACUCACGACGGAUAUUAUAGCAGAUGCUCUUUACAGCGGAAGGAUUAUGUCAC